AUGACCGCCACCAAAGCAUCCUCCACCUUCACGCACAGGUCAUCGCUGGCCUGCACAGCCUGCCGGGACCGCCAUGUCCGCUGCGACGGCAUCCGCCCCCACUGCAGCCGCUGCUCUUACGAGGCUCGGCAUUGCGAGUAUACUCCGUCACGACGUGGUGGCCUCACGCGGGCCGAGUUGGCUGCCCGGCGAGCUUCCAAGGAACAGGGCGGCAGCACUACUGGGGUGAGGAGUCACGACGGCGCGGGAAGACAGCCGAGGCGUAGAUCAGGAGCAACUGCAGUUUUUGCUGCAACUGCAUCGCCGUCGCCGCCCCUGUCGGCAUCCGGAACGGUCCCAGCGGGGACCCCAGACCCCCUGGUUGAUCUGUACUACAGACACUUCCACCGUCGUCACCCAUUUCUCCUCCCCCAGAGAUACAUGGCAGACAGCCUGGGCAGCAGGGCGCGUAGGGAUGAGUACGAACCGCUCCUGGCGAGCAUGAGGUUCAUCGGCAGCCUGUACGCCAAGUCGGACCAGGCCGCCGAGCUGGGCGAGUCGGUCAGGCUCGCCAUCCACGCCCGCGGCGACCUACACCCGGACCCGGCGCUGGCGCAGUGCCGCCUGCUCUACUCCAUCGCGUCGUACUGGUGCGGCGACAGGGACGCGGCGAGGCGCGAGAUUGACGCCGCCUUGGGGAUUGCCAUCGGCCUCGGCAUGCACCGCAGGGAGUUCGCCGUCGAGCACUCGGGCCCCGGUGACCCCGUGCUGGCCGAGUCGAUGCGGCGGACCUGGUGGUCGAUAUACGUCGUCGACGCUUGGUACGCCGGCAUUGGGAAGAGGGCGGCCUUUGCGACCCGCGGCGUGCACAUCACGGCGGACCUACCGUGCGAGGAGCGCGAGUAUAAAUCAGGGACGAUCCCCACACCCAAGACGCUCGACGAGUUUGACAGCCGCGAGUUCUCUCCAGACAACCACGUCUACUCUUCCUUUGCCUACCUCAUAGGUGCCACGCGAGGGAUAGCAUCCGCCCUAGCCUCCGUCCCGGCCGACGCCGAGCACACCUUCCCGACCCCGGAGAUCAUCUACAGCGUCGACGCCAUCGUCGAGGGCUGGGAUAUGCUGCUACCGGACUGCAAGCGCGACGUGUUGACGGCGUCGGGGGAGCUUGACGAGCUCAUGUUCCAGGCCUUUAUGUCGGUCCAUGCUUGGACCAUCGGCCUCCACAGACCAUACUCAUCCCUCCACUUCAACGCCCUCGAGGCGCACUCCUCAUGCCCCCAGCCCAUGACGACCAUGACCGACAGCGCAGCAGCAACACAAACACCCAACAACAUCCACACGACGCGGUGUCUGCGCUCCAUCCAGGCCCAGGUGCGACUCCUCGCGCUGCCCGCCCGGCCGUUUUGCCACACGCCCUUUGCGAUCUGCAUGAUGACGGCGGGCACCAUCACGCUGCUCUCGGCCUGCAAGCACCUGCCACCAACACCACAAGACGCAUCCCCGGCCGCCGCCGCCGCCGCAUACGACGGACUCUCGCUGAGCAGGCACCAGGUUAGGCUCGGUAUGGGCUGCCUCAUGGCCAUGGCGCACGUCUGGCCCCAGGGCAGGAGGCACCUGGCCGAGGUCCAGGCCAUCGCGAGGGAGGUGCUGGGUAUUGGAGGCGGAGGCGGAGGCGGUGGGGUUGGUUGUGCCUCUGCCGCCGCUACCACCACCGCCGCCGCCGGCUCCCCCGUCGCCACUCCUAGAGGAGGAGUAGGAGAGGCGGUCGAGGGGGAGCAGCAGCAGCAAUGCCGCGAUUCUGUCGACCUCUCCGGCUUCUCAUUCGUUCCCGAUGGCACCUUCGAUGGGCUUCUGGACUUGAAUGGCACGCUGCCGACUGACUCUUUCUGGUGCUCGGCUUUCUUCUCAUCCGAGAGAGGGUUGGCGGGCUAG